AAAAGAUACUGUAUCCUGAUAUUGGCGAAAAAGUUUAUGUUUAGUUUCAGACUAGCCAUCGGAUGUAGAAAUAUGAGUGGACAAGCUAAAAUAUCCUCAUUUUUCACACAAUCAACCAACAAGCGAGUGAUCAGUAAUGGAGAUACUGUGUCUAAAACACCAAGUCCCAAGAAACGUAAAAUUGAUGAGAAGGGUGAAGAUACAACAUCAGUAAAGGAGAACAUAGAACUCAGUCCAAAUGCCCAGACCCCUCCCUCACCACCCCCAACCCCCACGGCAUUGUCACCAGAGCAGAAAUCUAAAAUAGAACAGAACAAGUUAGCAGCCAGGAUAAAACUUGCAUCCAAGACAUCUAACGGUCUCUUGGUGGAUGUUGGUUCAUCAUGGUUUAAAGCUCUAGAGCCCGAGUUCUCCAAGCAAUACUUUACAGAGCUAUCAAAGUUUGUGAUGUCGGAGAGGAGCAAAAAUACAAUCUACCCCCCUGCACUUGAUGUCUUUAGCUGGACAAACUACUGCACCAUUGACAAAGUUAAAGUUGUAAUUCUUGGACAAGACCCAUAUCAUGGACCCAAACAAGCACAUGGUUUAUGUUUUAGUGUUCAAAAGGGAGUCCCCCCUCCACCAAGUUUACAGAAUAUGUACAAGGAACUGACCGAGGACAUCCCUGGGUUCUCUCAUCCUGGACAUGGUACACUGAUAGGCUGGGCAAAUCAGGGGGUAUUACUACUGAACGCCUGUCUGACCGUGAGAUCCGGGCAAGCCAACUCCCACAAGGACAAGGGCUGGGAGAAAUUCACCGAUGCUGUCAUCUCAUGGCUCAACAAAAAUAAGAAGGGACUGGUAUUCAUGUUAUGGGGGUCGUAUGCCCAGAAGAAAGGUGCACACAUUGACAAGAAGAAGCACCAUGUGUUAACAGGAGUUCAUCCAUCACCAUUGUCUGCACAUCGGGGAUAUUUUGGCUGUAAGCAUUUCUCCAAGUGUAAUGAACUCUUAAAAAAGGAGGGGAAGUCCAUCAUUGACUGGAAGCAUCUCCCACCACAAGAGUAAAUAUAAAACAUCCCAACCAAUUAAAUUAGUGUAAAUAUAAAACAUCCCAACCAAUUAAAUUAGUGCUUGUGCUCAUUUGAUACCCUUGUGUUCAUUGUUCAUUUUUUUUUUUAAGGAAUUGUCAUUUUUGACAGGAAUUACCCAAAUUUAUAAAAACUAACCAAUGAAAAGCAUGUUUGUGUUCAUAUCCCCAUGUGUUCAAAUUUUUUUACCUGUAUAAUGACUUGUCAUUUUUGACAGCAGCAAUUAUCCAGAUUUAUAAAAACUGAAUUAAUGAAAAGAGUGCAUGUGUUCAAAUGAUGCCCUUGUGUUCAAUUUUAUUUUUAGAAUUGUCAUUUUUGACAGCAAUUAUAAUUAUUCAGAUUUAUAAAAACAAACCAAUGAAAAGAGUGUUUGUAUUCAUAAGCCCAUGUGUUCGAAAUGAAUUGUCAUUUUUGACAGCAGUUACAAUUAUAAUUAUCCAGAUUUAAAAAAAAGAAAAAAAAAAACAAUGAAAAAAGUGUUUGUAUUCAUUUGCCCAUGUGUUCAAAAUGAAUUGUCAUUUUUGACAGCAAUUACAUGUAUAAUUACCCAGAUUUAUAAAAACCAAAACCAAUGAAAAGCAUGUUUGUGUUCAUAUCCCCAUGUGUUCAAAUUUUUUUAACCUGCAUAUGACUUGUCAUUUAUAAAAACUGAAUUAAUGAAAAGAGUGAAUGUGUUCAAAUGAUGCCCUUGUGUUCCAAUUUUAUUUUUAGAAUUGUUAUUUUUGACAGCAAUUAUAAUUAUCCAGAUUUAUAAAAAAAAAAAAAAAUAAAAAAAUAAACAAUGAAAAGAGUGUUUGUAUUCAUAAGCCCAUGUGUUCGAAAUGAAUUGUCAUUUUUGACAGCAAUUACAUGUAUAAUUACCCAGAUUUAUAAAAACCGAAACCAAUGAAAAGCAUGUUUGUGUUCAUAUGCCCACAUAUUCAAUUUUCUUAACCAGUAUAUGACUUGUCAUUUUUAACAGCAGCAAUUAUCCAGAUUUAUGAAAACCGAAAUAAUGAAAAGAGUGCUUGUGUUCAUGUGAUGCGCAUGUUUAAAUAUUUUUUUUUGAAUUGGCAUUUUUGACAGCAAAGCUUUUCUGAUUUUAGAGUCCUUUGUAAUGGUUUUUUUUAUCGAUAUAUGUGAAAAUUGUUAAUUUUUUAUAUAUAUUUUUUCUGUUACUGUGUCUAAAUAAUGACAUGAUAAAAAUUUAUUGUUCAGCAUAUUAUAAAUAAAGGCAAAAAUAAGUUUUCAA